AUGCAAUCUUCGGACAGUAUACCGAAUUUCACAAAAUGUAUGCAUAAAAGCGAUUUGAUUCUAUGCUACUUCCGACGAGAACUAAAGUCGAUGAACUGGGAAAAUAUAAGAAAGCUUCUGAAUCUUUAUCCAAAGCAUUGUCUUCUAUACGAUCAUAUCGACAAGUUUAUCGAAACUGCUAAGAAACGAAACAUCAAACCACAGGAGAUUGUAGAAGCAUUGAUGCAGUUCUCACAAGCCAACAAUCCUUAUUAUAUCGAGAAAUCUGAUUUUGAAAUGUUAUUGAAGAAAUCUAUUCUAUCGUCUUGUACAAAUGUCACCAAAACUAUGUUCACCAGAAAUAAUACUGAAAAAUCUUUCAUUUCGUCAAAAGAUGUCGAACUUUUGAAGAGGAAAAUUGAUGAAUAUGUUCACAAUUCUAAAGAAGGAUAUGUGAAAAGCAAGGAGUAUGGAAAAGUAAGAACCAAAGUCAGUGAAUGGAGGAAAGAAAAGAAGGUGAAAGACGGAGAGAAUCUAGUAGUUGUUGAUGCAUUGAACUAUGGAAUAGGACAAGAUAGAAAGGAAUGGAACAGUAUUUCUAAGCAGUUUCGACACGUUGUAUUUGCUACCCGUUUUCCACCGAUGCCUAUUAGAGACGAAGUUAUCAAAAGAUACAAUGGGAACGCUUUGUUUUGCGACAAACUAUCAGCGGACGACUUGAUUAUUCUACGCAUGGCUAUCGAAUUCGGUCGUCAGACAUCAUUAGUUACAAAUGAUCAAUAUCGAGAUCACCGAAGGGCUGUUUGUAAUGGUGAUCUUGAUGUAGAAAAAGUUUGGGAUGACUUUCUGAUUGAUGCAGUAUACCGCCAUAAGGAUGGGAAUAUUGAGACUCAUCGAAAUUUUAAUCUUCGCGUUCACAAAGUCAACGGUCACUGGAUUCUUCCAGUUCUAGACUCCGAAGGAAAUUCUGACAAGAUCAGAGAUUUGAAAGUAUUUCGUAUAGCUCUUGCGUAA